AUGCAGGUUGAUGACGCGUUAUUCCAGCCAGCAAGAUCACGUCACAAGCUGGAAGAGCUACUGAACAAGGCCGAGAUGCCGUAUCUCGUAGACAACGACAAAACUCCGGAACCAAAGUCGAAGUACCAAGAAUUCAAGUUUCCAUUGAAUGAUACGACAUUAUACGAUCCUGAGCCAUUAGUAUUUCCUAAUAGCACGCUACAAUCUCAGUCUAAAUCGUUUAAUCUUGCUGGUUUAUCUGUAUCUGGUUUGCAGGAGGAGCCUGCAGGUGGAGAGCUAGACGGUAGUGAAGCAGGUACGAUAUUCUCAGAUUCUAUGACGAAUGGCUCUCAGGAGAGCUCUCCAGUCGCGUCGAACGGGAAGCUACACGAUGAUUUUGUGGAAGAAACUCCAAUGAAGAAAACGAUUGAUUUUAACGUCGGAAUGCCUCAGAGAACUGAUGAACCACAGGAAUUGCAACAAGAGCAAUCCUUAAGUGCAUAUCACAGACCACUUUCGCAGCGACCACCACCUCUGCCUAUAACUAGAUCGCAAAGCGUCCCUGUAGAGGAUGAAAUUAUGGAGGUGCCUACGAAAAAUCAUGCAAGUGUGCCGGCGUCGCCUGCAUCUGAAGUAGGUGCAAUGCCAGCAAUCCCAAUAUCAAUGGCAUCACCAUCGAAAACUUCACCUCUGCUAUCGAACAUCCCCAUCUCAUUCAAAGAGAGACUGAGGAAUAGCAUGGCACAGGGAAGCGGACAGUUUAAAUCUUCACAGAGAGAGAAUCCCCAAGAUACACCUCGUGCUAAUCUCACAAAGUCUCAACCACAUUCUGCACCUUCAACGUUGCCUUCAACGACACCGAAAGUAUCUCCACCACGGAGGCGAACUUACGUUGAUGAUUACGUUGAUAAUGUUAGCGAAGUUGAUAUUGAAACUGCCUCCUCGUCUAGCGCUUCUUUACCACAAGUAUCUUCUUCAUUAGAAAACUCACCCGUUAAACAACCACCUGCGCCGACACGCCCUCGUUGGUCAUUUGGAGGCACUCGAAGAAGCUUUUCUGGGGGUAUGAGAAGUACUGACGUCGAAAAAGCAAAGAAGGAGAUGGCUGAGGAGGGCAAGGAAAAAGAAAACGCCGUUGAUAAUACUCAUGUAAAUGAAACAGUGAAUCAAAACGACACUCAAAGUCAAAGUGAGCUGAAGCAUUAUGAAGAAUAUACAGCGCCUAUAAAGGAGGAAUAUCAAUCAACGAAACCUCAGAGUGCAUCACCAGCCCGUAGCAUACUUAGAAGUCCUCAUAGAAGCGCCCUUGUGAGUCCACACAAAAGCAGCUUAAAGAAGAACUCCAAUGGUGGCUCCAAUGGUGGAUCAAAAUCAGUCAGCUUUAUCCAGGGGCUGGGCGUUGAAGACGACGAAGAUGAAGGUAACUCUGAAGAUUCUGAGGAAUUUAUCAAUCAUGCUCACGAGGCAUUGGAAAAACUCAACGAUUCACCUGAGAAAUCUCGCGAUGGUAACAACAGCAAUUCAUUCGAAAGAUUUUUGAAGGCCACAAAUAGAGUUUCACCUUCAGAUAGCACAGAAUUGAGUGCAGCUGAUUUAACACGCUCCAGGCCAAAUUAUAGUGUUAUGCAAACACCUCAAGCUCCAGGAUUUUACCCAAUGACACCGGCCAAUAUUCCUCGUAAUAAACAGUCAACACCAGUAAAGGGUGAACAAGAAGAAGAGGAUGCUCCAGGCAGUCCUGAAUUUGAUGUUACUAAGUUAGGCAACAAUUUUGAGCUCUCAUCUGGUCGUGCACCUGGGUUUUAUCCAAUGACACCAGCGUAUAAGGCUUCCCCAAUGAGCUCUGCUGAUAGCUUUGAUGUAGUCGACGUGGAUGACAAUGAAAGUAACGGUGGUGGUAGUAGUAAUGAUAAACCUAAUGUUUACUUAAAUAGACCUGCUACUUCUCCAAGAAAAGCGACCAAUAACCCUCCUGAUGCCUCUCUCUUUGUGGCUCUCAGUGACAUAGAAGAAGCCCUUAGGUCAACAGCUGCUGACGUCGAGCGGAGGAAGAAAGAGAGACGGUCGCAAUCGCAAAAUAAGUUACUCGAUGUCUUUAAGACUGAUAAGAGUAAUGAUGGGUUGGCGAAGAAAGCACACAAUCGUACAAUUGAUGCUCUGGCAGCUUACAAUGAAUACACCAAGUAUGACAGCAGGAAAGUAGAUCGUUCGAAGGUCACCCAAAAACCUCCGAAGCGUUCCAAUGCCAUCGUUUUCUUGAUGUUAUUUACUCAGCUAGCAGUUGGAUAUCUAAUACUACAAGACAGACAUGUCUAUAAUACGCUAUUCAACUCCUUCCUUACCAAUUACUUUGAUCCUCUCAACCCAGAUAUCUACGUUAGUGAAUAUUCGCGGGAGUAUCCUUGGGAGAACUCGACAUUUGAAUACCACACCAUAUUAGAUAGGCUAAGUGAAUAUGUCUACGGCAGGCCUUGGCCGCCAUCGUGAGGAUAGUAAAACAGGAUAUACAAGACAAAAAAUGUAAUACGC